UCCAUUUAGGGAGUGUCCUAUUUUUGCACAGAUCUACUAUGGAUGGCUGUUCUUUGGGGUGGAAAAAAGGAAUAAAGAAUGCAGUAAAGGAAGUGUGAAACUCAUAGAAUGAGAAUAUUAAUGGGGGGAAAAAGUAGAAAAGAUUAAGACAGAGGCAAAAGGAAAAAAAAUCAUAGCAAACGAUUUGUUAACUGAAAAGAAGUUCUCCAUAAAGACUUGCUGCUUUAGUGACGUAUGCAGGAGGGUGGCACAAACAUACCAUUGUUUCCUUAGAACUGCCUGCACUCUCUUGGAAAUACUGUUCUGAAGAGCUGUUCAAAGAGAUUCACACGGCAUUAUGAAUUCAUCUGAAAAAAGUUACGACUCUGAACAUAACUACCCUGAUUACCCUGAUUACCCUGAUUAUGAUUCUUCAAUGACACCGUCAGUACCAGUGGCUCCAACACAUACUUGCACUGAUGCGAUGUGUGUUUUCCUGGCAACAGUCAAUGUGAUUAUUAUGCUUCUUGGCAUCACUGGAAACGGUCUGGUGAUCUGGAUCGCAGGGUUUAAAAUGAAGAAAACAGUCAACACUGUCUGGUACCUCAGCCUCGCUGUGUCAGAUUUCCUCUUCUGUGUCUUCCUGCCUUUCAACAUCACCUACAUGGUUAAAAGCAAAUGGAGCUUUGGUCUCUUUAUGUGUAAGUUAACUUCCUUUAUCUUGUGCCUCAAGAUGUUCAGCAGCAUCUUACUUCUCGUCAUCAUCAGCUUGGAUCGCUGCGUUGCCGUCAUGUUUCCUGUAUGGGCGCAAAACAAGCGCACCAUACGCCUGGCCUGGGUGAUGGUUCUAGCAGCUUGGAUUGUCUCAGCGAUGCUUAGCUCACCAGCGGCCCAUUUCCGAGACUUACAUACCACAAACCAUAGACACUCUGAGACGAUCUGUUAUUACAACUACGCAUACGACGAACAACACAUUGCCGUAGUUCUAUGCCGAUUCAUUUUUGGAUUUGCGAUCCCCCUCCUGGUCAUCAUCAUCUGUUAUGCCUUCAUCAUCCAGAAGCUGAAAUAUAACCAGACGGGGAGGUCCAAUAAGCCGUUUAAGGUCAUGACCGCACUGAUAGCCGCUUUCUUCAUUUGCUGGCUGCCGUAUCACAUUUUUAACUUAUUGGAAAUAAAUAUAAAAAAUAACAUCAUUCAGAUCGGGCAACAAUUUGGAACCACGCUUGCAAGUGCCAACAGUUUUAUGAACCCCUUCCUUUAUGCUUUCAUGGGAAAGGAUUUUAAGAGGAAAUGUUAUGCAUUUUGGACCAAUAUUCAGAGCACUUUUGAGGAGGAAGUUCAGUGUACACCCCAAGAAACAACUAAUACUAACUCAGGAGUACAUUCAAGUGUUGUCUAAAGUUAUCCUAUUCUGACAAAAAUGUAUUUUUUUUCCUUUAUUAUUCAUCAAUUUUAUCUUAUGGAAAAUGGGCAGUGUUAACGAUGUAUGUACCAUGUUAAAAAUGAUAAAUGAAUUACACAGCUAUGUGAAAAAAAAAACAUGGCUGUCAAUCGAUGAAAAUAUCGAAACGCAAUUAAUCGCAUGAUUGCCAUGAGCUAACUUGUAAUUAAUCACAGCUUAAUUGCACAUUUUCCCGUUCUAAAUGUAUCUUAGAUAAUACUUUUCAAGUUUUUAUACAUUGGUAUGGACGAAUAUUGAUGCUUUAUGCAAAUGUAUGUUUAUUAAUAGUGAAACCCAAGUCAACAUGGAGCAUCAAGACAAAAUAUUUUUGUAAAUGUUUUAAAGUAAUCGUAGUGUUUUAAAUAAAGUCAAUCAUCAGGACACCAAACUGAACUUUUGCCACGUUUCCACACGGACGGUUUUAAUUGCCGGAUGUGUGCAUCAUGGUGCUUGAUUUCAGACUUCAACAUCAAUAAAACUAUUAUUUAGUGAUUAAAUUAAUUAUUGUGUGGCAUUGAAUGUUUAAAUUUUGCCUCUUUUUAUAUAUUACUCAUUUUGACAGCCUUAAAAAAUUACAAAUAAAAACA